AUGAAAGUCACGGUAACAACUCUUUCAGACAGUAUAUUCGUACUUGAUGUUAGUGAAGAUUUGGAGCUUGAAAAUUUCAAAGCAUUUUGUGAAAUUGAAACGGGUAUUCCUGCCAAUGACAUUGUCAUUUGUUUCAACGGCCGACCUUUAAGAGAUGAAAAAAAAUCAUUAAAAAAACAUGGAAUUAAAGAUGGUGAUGUCGUUAUUUUACAACAAAUGUUAGGAAGUGGUUCACAAAUCAUGCCUGGUGCAUCUAGCAGUAGAGGUUUUUCAGUAAAUAUAAAUGAUGAUCCAGCCCUUAUUAGAAAUAUGUUUCUCGCAAAUCCAGAACAAGUUGCUUUACUCAAACAAAAUAAUGCAAGACUUGCCGAUGCUUUAUUAAGCGGUAACUUAGAACUAUUUAUGAAAGUUCUUCGAGAACAAGUUGCUGCAAGGCAAGAAAGACAAGCUCAGAGACUGAGAAUGAUGAAAGCAGAUCCUUUUGACACUGAAACCCAAAGAAUGAUUGCAGAAGAAAUUAGACAAAAGAAUAUUGAAGCUAAUAUGGAAGCAGCAAUGGAAUAUAAUCCUGAAACUUUUGGAACUGUUGUUAUGCUUUACAUAAAUUGCAGGGUUAACGGAUAUCCAGUUAAAGCUUUUAUCGAUUCUGAUUUAAAAGGAAACGUACUUCGAAUAGGAACAACGGGAACGGAAACGCCAUUUUUAGCCGAAAGUGAAUUACCCGAAUACGCUCGUCUUAGUUGUAAUAGCGUAGAGGAAGCCGUGCGUCAAAGCAUAAGAGAAAUUGAAGAUGAAGCUUUACAAAAAGCUCUCGUCGACAGUACAAAAGGAAAUAAAAACAGAGGAGAUGGUGAUCGUGAGGGUUUGAAUUGUUUGGAAGUUGGACCAACGGAUAAUUUCACGGAAAGCGACGUUAAAGAAAUUGAAAAAAUGGGAUUCGGACGUGAACAAGUUUUUUCAGAGCUGAGAAGAUUUCACGGUGAUAAAACAAAAGCAAUGGCCGCUUUAUUUGCCAAAUCGUUGAAAUUUUAA